GGCAAGAACUCGUCUCAUUGGACCUGGAAGCAUUUUACCUGGGUAGAUGCUCUGCAAACACUUUCGCAUCAAUUCCUCUUUCAUUUGCUGCGGCAAUAGCAGUAUCGCCCUUGCAUCUCGACCACAACCUAUCAAUCCUCCUCGAUGAUGACUGUCCUGUAAGAAUGCAUCGCAGCGCUAUCCUAAUGAGAUUGCCUACAUCACAUCAUGAUCCCGUGCAGAUCUGCGUGAGCAGUGAAGAACACGUUAAUCGAUAUUGUAUGGGCAACAGAGUAGCAUUUGAGGUUUUGAUACAGCUGGUUGACGCCGAAGCCAAAGCAAGCCGAAGCUUGACAGCUGGAGAAAGGACCUGAUGAGUAAGAAAUUUCACAGUUUUUGGAGAUUCGCUAAGACACAGGAGGAACUCGUGAAAAUAUACAGGUAAAAAACACAUCUCGCUGCAACCAAUCAGGAUUGUCUUCAUGCAGCAUGAAAAUUACCGGGUUCCGGUGACGGCGCUGGCAUACUGGAGCGACGACGUCCUCCUCGUCGGUCAAGGAACACACCUGAGAGCCUAUGAUACACGCACACAAGCUCGUCUGUGCGAUCAUUCAGUAUUCGCUACUCAAGCAAUUCAUGGAAUCUCCAUACAUCAUGGAUCGUCCAAUCCAAUCAUACUUGUUCGAGGCGGUCAAUUGAUCACGAUUUUGAUCGCAAGUAGACUUCCAACAGGCGAAUUUUCCGUGGAGCAGAGCGCAGUCUAUCAAUCACCCGACUGGGUGCUCGAUGCGACUUUCAGCCCGGCCAUAAAUGGGUGUACUGCUCGGGCCGCUCUUGUCACGGCUCAUAAUGCCUUGACCAUAUGUGAUUUAUCAUGCGAACCUCUCUGUGCUCGGUUGGAUAUCGCGAUUCCGGGGUCGAAUUGUAUCCUUUACUCUGCCAAUAUCACAUGGCUGGAUGAUAGCAAGUGUCUUAUUGCUUCUGGCACCGCCUUUGGCGACGUGAUAGUCUGGUCAUGUGCGGUCUCUGCAAGCGGCGAAGAGCUUUCAGCAGCCUCUCAGACACACUACGUCUUUUCAGCACAUCAAGGAUCCGUCUUUGGCGUGACCAUUUCAUCCCCUGAAAUCGCGGCUUCUUUUGGAGGACGGAGCCGAGUGCUGGCAAGCUGUAGUGACGACCGCACUGUUCGAUUAUGGGACAUAUCCGACCUCACUGUAAAAAGUCCGACUCUACUGGAGCUUCAGCGACAAACAGGUUUCGGCACCGAAGAUGCGAAAGAUGCGAAUGGUCCGCAAUGUCUCUCGUCGGUCAUGGGUCAUAUCUCGAGAAUUUGGCACGUUCGAUUUGUGCAGUACAGUCCAAGUGUGACUAAAGACGGCGCCGCACCCCUGAACAAGGCCGUAGUCCUCUCGUUCGGCGAAGAUGCAUCGUGCAUUGCUUGGUCCGCGGAACCAGGUGUAAACUCGGUCGAUCAUCCUUUCCGGUUGACACAGAUGUCUGUUGUGAAAGCACACGCAGGUAAGAGCAUCUGGUCGGUCGGUAUGUCGCCCCGUAUGGAUGUUGCAACGGGAGGUGCAGAUGGCGCAGUGGCCAUAUUCCCAAGCUCUAGAAUCACGAAUGGAAACCCACUUCAAAUCAUCGAUCGGACGCUCAUCGACCAGGGCUCGCAAGGAGAUAAUUUCAAGUCAUAUGCAUUCCUCGAUGAAAGUCUGCUCCUUGCGACUACUGAGCACGGAGGAAUUGCACUUUUGUCACAGAAAUCGGAUAGCACUACCACGCACAAGACCUUCGAUGCACUGCCGGGGUUACGUGGCUUUUCGAUCGUGGUGUCGAUCUCUGGACUGGCAUUUUUUGCAGGCAUCGACGGCAAGGUGUACUCCUAUUCAGAAGAGCUCUCAACUGUGACCGAGAUUGCCGACACUGGGCGUAAGGUCGCCGACAUGUUUGUUGGGAGCAAUAGAAAUGACGCACAACCGGAGCUUUCAAGCAAUCUCACAGUGUUGGUGACUAACGUAGGUUCAACUACUGCUCACAUUAUACAUGCGAAUCAAGCAAUCGACGUAAUUACAAUCGGUGCAGCUUCAACUCAUGCGCAAUCGAAACUCGAGCUUCCAACAGGUUUCAUGGUCACGAGCUUUGCUUGUAAAGCAUGGACGAACAAUCUCACGGUGAUUGCUGUAGGAUCGAGAAGCGGAGCUGUCGCAAUCUACUGCUUCGAUUCAUCCCAUCAGAAUGUAUCGAUUCCGACGUUGUUCGCGGGUAUUCAUAGCAAAGAAGCUGUGACCUCGCUCAUCUUUCACGUAAGCUCUGCUACAUCAUCGAAUGGAAGCUUGAGCCUGUUAUCAACAGGUCGAGAUGGAACAUAUGCUUGCCAAAGGCUCACUGUUGAGAAAGACACGUGCCAGCUCAAGUGCAUUCAUCAGCUAUCAUUGCCCUUCGGACCGAACAUUGAAAGAUUGGAGGUCCAAGAAAGCGGCCACUUGUGGGCUUGGGGCUUCAGGAGUAAGCAGUUCGUCGUCUACGACAUCACAUCGCAGCGAGAAAUCAUGACUGUAGAAUGUGGUGGGGCACAUCGCAAUUGGACCUUCCGAAGUGGAGCGCAUGGCGGAGAGUUCGUCUGGACAAAGGCUUCCAAGCUUUAUUAUACUCACCAAGAUAGUUUGCCUUUCGAGCAUGUUGCCGUUGGCGGGCAUGGACGGGAAAUCAAGUGCAUGAGUAUUUCCACGGGCUCUCCCCCUAUCAUCGCAACAGGAGCAGAAGAUACAAACAUCAAACUCAGCAUAUAUCAGAACGAACGGUUCGACGGUCUGCUUACUCUGCAAAAGCACAACACCGGCGUUCAACACCUCCAGUGGUCUCCCGACAAUCGAUUCCUGUUCUCAAGCGGCGGCUUCGAAGAAUUCUGCAUUUGGCGAAUAAGCUACAACGCGCCGAUUCUAGGAAUCGGUGUCGUUUGCGAAUCAACGCAUCCGAAUCAUGGCACUUCCGACCUACGCAUCAUGAAUUUCGAUGUGGAAAUGCUUCCCUCACAAUCAAGUGAAGCGGAGACGUUCGUGAUCACCAUGGCGUACUCAAAUUCUAACCUCAUUCAAUGGCGCUAUACCGACAAGACAUGGUCCCUGGUCGCUGAGGGAUCAUACCUGACCUCCUGUCUGACACAAUGUCUCCAUUUCGGUGCCAGAAAUACUCUCCUCACUGCAAGUACAGACGGACACAUCGCGUUGUGGACGAAACACCUGCGCUCCAGCAACGAGACGAAAUUGCCAACUUCACACGGACAAAUCUCACCUUCCUCCUUAGAGUGGACAGUCCGGCACCCGGUUCACCAAAGCGCCAUUCUCGCCGCAGCACACUACACCCUGCGGACCUCACCUCCAGUGAAUCUGCUCCUCACAGGCGGCGACGACAAUGCAAUCGGCAUAACCCGCCUACCAUCCCUAUCCGCCGCAGACCAAAGCACAACAACGAUCUCCACGAGGGAAGCCCCCAUCACCCUCCUCCUCACCCGCGCCCACGCCGCAGCAGUCACAGCCGUAGCAUUCCUCGGAUCGCGACCCUCUACCCCGACCUCUCCUUCUCCCCCUCACGAGGGAAAUUUAGCACACGUCCGCUUCGCCUCCACGGGCCUCGACCAACGCGUCAAACUCUGGGAGAUCCUCAUCGACCCUGAAAUCCCGGGGAUCGACUGCGUGAGGAGCGUGAGGAGAAUCCUCUCCCCGAAUCACAAGGAGGAGACUGGCGGGGGCUCCUUCACGCCUGUGGCGGAUAUCUCCGGGGUUUGUGUCUUUCAGAUUGACGAUGCUCGUGGUGGUGCAGACGGUGCCGGUGGCCUAGGCGGUGCGAUCUGUAUCUCGGGCGUGGGAAUGGAUAUCUGGAAGAUCGCUCCCGUAGGGGAGGAAGAAGCGGAGGGGUCCUGA